UGUUGAUUUUUUUAGUUUUUAUUUUAUUUUCUUUCUUUCAAAGGGUAAUGCCAAUUUCACUACUUACAAAAGAACAUUAUUAUAAAUUUUAUGAAGUUUUAUUUCAAUUUCUUUUUUCUAAAAGAGUAACAACAAAGCCGGCAAUUCAUUAUUUUUUGAAAAUUUUGGUAUUUAAAAAAAUAUUUUUGUCCUUUCUUCUUUAAUGAUAAUACUAACGAAAAAAAUGCAAUUACUGUAAGAAAACUUCCUUUUUGUGAAAACUCAGCUACUACUAUUGUAUUCUUAUUCUUUCAUAUUAUAACAAUGUGCAAUUUCUGUGUAAAAUCUGGGAACACAUGCAUGCACCUUCCCCCAAGAAGAUGUGGAUGCCGAUACACGUUCUCAUGUUAGAAAAACAAGUCUCAUGCAUUGGUGCAUGCAUGCAUGCAUUCCCUAUCUGAAUGCCGUCUGUCCAGCUCUCCAUCCAUCAAUUAAUUCGUAGACACGCCUCACGAGCCAGUGGGAAAGCACACCGGAAAUCGAAACGCGCCGUCGGAGUUUGCAUGCCACCGGAGGAGUAAUGUGGACUGUUGGGUUCUUCACUCGGCCUGGCCUCCAUAUAAUCUCAAGCAUCUUUUAUGCGUGCGAUCUUUGACCCUGAAGCAAGUUAAGUCAGAGGAGAAAAUGGGUCAUGGCAGCAGCGGCGACGGUGGCGGCGGAGGAGACGGAGCUCUGGCCGUGGUGCCCGUGGAAGCCAAGCCGCAGCCGCAGAUGCAGCGACAGACCGCCCUCGACGUGCCGCCCUUCCUCAUCUUCGAAAAGUGCAGGGCGCCGGAGCUCUUGGAGUGCCAUGCCUGCCACCUCCCCCUCAAACCGCUUAUCUUCUCGUGCGACGACGGGCAUCUGAUGUGCUCGUCCUGCCGCGGCGCGCACGGCGAGGACUGCGGCCGCGUCGCCGCCCCCUGCCGCCUGGCAGACGCCUACGCCGGCGCCGUCAAGCUGCCGUGCGACUACGUCAAGUUCGGCUGCGAGGCGGGGCUCGUCGUCUACCACGACUCCGUGGACCACCGCCGCGCGUGCCAGCACGCGCCCUGCUGCUGCCCUGAGCGCGACGGGCCCUGGGGCGGCGGUGGCUGCGACUUCACCGGCUCCCGGGAAAUGCUCCUCGAGCACAUCUCCACGAACCACUCCCGCCAGGUCAUCCUCAUGCGCCACGGCCAGACGGGGAGGCUCAGCCUGCCACUGGCACGGCGCUGGCAGGUCCUCGUCGACCAGGACGACAUGGCCAACCGGCAUCGGAGCGUGUUCCUCGUGAUCUUGGCCGAGCGCGACAAGGACGCCGCGGUGUCGCUGGUGUGCGUCAGGGCGGACGGCGACGCACCGGGCGCGCCGCAGUUCUCGUACAAGCUCGCUGUGGAGCACACCGGCAGUGGCGCGAGAGUGACGUUCGAGUUGCCGGUCAUGAAAAGCAGCUCCCUGCCCGCUGGCACGCCAUGGCCGGACGAGUUUACCUCCCUGUCGGUGCCGAAAGCGUAUCUGUCUGACGACAUUGUCCCCCUCAACAUCCACAUUGACAAACACGUCGCUCCUCCUCCCCCUCCUGCUGACGCCCCUACUAGUCCUCCUCUUCCUCCUCCUCCUCCUCUUCCUCCUGCUGCCUCGGCUACCACGGCCGUCAAGUCCGCGCCUAUUGAUCAAGGCAGCAAGAAACGAAAAUCUACCAAUCCGAAGAAACUCUAGUCAAACCACAUGCAUGACCGACUAGUAUGCCAUGGCAGCUAGCUAUAUUUGCCACAUGUGAAAUAGAUCGUUUUUAUAUCUAAGUUCGGUUUUUGUUAAUCACAAAUAAGGCUACUUCAUGUGCUCCCUUUGCUAUUGCGUGGUGCACAUCCUGGCGUUACUGGUUCUAAUAUGAACUUGAUGGGACAUAUGAAUGAAAUCAAUAUUUUGGUGGGCCACUAAAAUUAUGGCACUUGAUGAAUAAUAUAUCAGUACAAAAAUGCAGGCUUGUAAAA